AUGACGCACCCUAUCUUUCUCUCAAUGGUGGGUCUCGCCUUUGUGACUUUGGCGUCCUCUCAGGCAAUUGACCUCUCACUGCAGGAUCUGACCAAUAGGAAUGCAGACUUUGCAGCGCGGUUAUACCGAACUGUCUCCAGCCGCACAGAUGAGAACGUCUUCCUGUCCCCUUAUACGCUGUCCAUUGGACUGUCUGCACUGCUCAGUACCACCAGCGGGCCCACUCAGGAACAGCUACUUCAGGGACUCAGCCUGAAUGGACUGGACCCUCAGGGCCUUCCUGGUAGGUCAGGAGUCAGAGGUCACAGGAAGGCAACAUGCCAUAAUAUUUGUGCUUAAUAAUGUAAGCUGUCCAUCUUUGCCUACCCCAGAUCUUGUUCAGAGUCUACGGACCUUAGUCCUGCAGGGGGGCCUGGCUGCAAACAUGAGACUGGGUGUGGCCAUCUUCCCCUCCCAGGACUUCGGGCUUUCAUCAUCCUACCUGGACACAGUUCACACCAAAUUUGGGGGAAACGCUGAGAUCCUUGACUACAAGGUGCCACAGGAUGCUGCAGAAACCAUCAAUCGCUGGGCUCAGGACAACACAGGAGGUCAGAUCCGGGAGCUGCUAACUAACCUGGACCCCCAAACCCAGCUGCUGCUCACUACCGCUGCCACCUAUCAAGGUACCUUUAUUAUGACAUUGUGUUUUGUAAAACAAGACCACACCAGUCGACGUGGACUCCAGAGGUCCUCUGCUGUGGUCUGAUUGCAAAAAUUCCCUCAUACAUUAAUUACAAAUACAUAAUUUUUUUAGCAUUUUUAGUAUUAUGUUUAUGGUAUCCUUUCAGUAUUAUCAUUUAUACUAAGGUUUAGGGUUGUGUAAGUAUUUUUCACUUUUAAAUCCUGUCUUUGAUUUAUGAGUGCAGUUGACUAACUAAAGAUGGAAAAGGCGAAUUUUUUUCAGGGAUUUUCCAGUUUUUGAUUAAGUUUCCGUACAUCCUGUUAGGUGUUUGUAUUUCAAUAAAGUUUGUCUCUUUGUGUUUUAGUCCGUUUCAACCCAUCCUUUAACGCCUCCGAAACUCAGGACGAUCGAUUCUUUGUGGACAAAUAUCAUGUCGUCAUGGUUCCCAUGAUGUUCCGGGCCGACAAAUACUUCCUGGCGUACGACCCCUCUCUGCAGUGCGGUGUGUUGAAACUGCCAAUGUCAGACGGGGCGGCCAUGUUGGUCGUGCUGCCUGAUGAAGAUGUGGACAUUACAACAGUGGAAGAAGAUUUAACCGGGGAGAAGAUCCGGGCGUGGAUUAGACAGCUGAAGAAGACGUGAGAUGCCUUGGCUCCUUUCUUGCUGGCUUACCUCAACCCUCCUUCUUUCUUAGAUUUAAUUAUAUUACUUCAGAUUUAUUUUAUAUGUUUUAUUCAUUUUUCAAACUGGUGUUGAAGUUGUUUGUUUCUUUAUUUUGUAUACAGGAAGUUGGAGGUGCAGCUGCCACGCUUCCUGUUGGAGCGUUCGUACACUCUGCGUGACGCCCUGAAGAAUCUCGGCGUAACUCAGGUGUUUCAGGAUGACGCUGAAAUCAUUAACAUGGGUGGAGCUACUGGACCAAAAGUCACAGAGGUGAGUGCUGAAGCUCAGGUGAUUGGUAAAGAAACAUCAGAAUGAUUCAGGGUCAACAAAUGAAACAACAUUUUAGUUUAAAAAUACCAUAAAGAAGGGGUGUGCAGGUGGUUGAGUGGGUAAGUGCACCCCAUGUAUGGGGACCAUGGUCCCGGCAGCAGUCACGGGCUCGAGUCUGGCUCACUAUCUUCCGACAUUUUACCCUGUACUAUCAAUAAAAAGGCAAAAAUCGCCUAAAAGAAAACUAAAAGAAAAGACCACACAAUUACCUGUUCAUCUGUUCACCUGUAUGUUUACUUAUAUACACCUGCUGAGUUUGAUCACCCUUAUACCGCACAUAUAUCUCUGUCUUGUUGCCAUGUUGAUGAUCCUUCAAUAAUAUCAUGUGUAACGUUAUUUUUAGGUUUAUCACAAAUCAGUCAUGGCAGUCGAUGAAAACACUGAUGGCGUCACUCCUGGAGGCGCAGUUAACGCGUUCACCACUCUUCCUCCUCGUCUGACGAUAAACAGACCCUUCAUCUUCGUUAUCUACCAGCAGACAAGCAGCAGCGUGCUGUUCAUGGGCCGAGUCACUGACCCGACCAAAAAAUAA